AUGGAUGCGUUUGAAGAGACACUUGCAUCUCUUAGAAGGAUGACAACAAUCCCCUGGCGAAGAAUCUCUUUUAAAACUCUUUCCACUAAGGAUAGACUUAGGAAUUGGAGUAUGGAGUUGGACCCUAAAUUGUGUUCUUCGCUGAGGAAGAAUCUCUGCAACAUUUGUUCUUUUAGUGUACGUAGUUUCUCAAGUUGCAUAUGGGAGAGUAUCUUAUCCAAAUUUCAAGUUCAGAGAAAGGCAGAUGCAUGGACUGAAAUUGCUAUUGCCUUUUGCAAAGGCAAAUCAUUCAAAUCUCUCCUCUUUAAACUGGCUCUUGCACCAGUUGUAUACCAUGUUUGGAUAGAGAAAAACUCUAAAAAUUUUGGUGGAAUGUCUAAAAGUGUUGCUGAAGUUUUGAAAUAUAUAAAUGAGAACAUCAGAUAUAGAGUUUAUACUUGGAAACAGAUUCUUAGUUCUAUUGAGAACCAAAUUUUUUGUGAUCUUUGGAACAUCUCAAGUAGAAUUUUUGGGAUUGUUUUGGCCAAAGUUUUGAUAGGUAGAAAGUAG